AAGACAACACACUGGUCAGCUACCUGUCCAGCUCAUUUCUUGCUCCUACAUACCAGGGCCAUGGCUGCGCAUUCGUAGAGACGAACGAGGUACACAGAAGAAGAGUCUCCCUUUAUGGCCCAUGAUCGCGCAUCCAUGUCCGAUUCUGUACCUGCCAUUGAGCAGAUUAACAGCUUACCCUUCCACGAUGCGCGCAUCCGAUCAGCGGCCGUAUCCAACGCGACAUCAGCAGCACCAUCGCCCAACGUCAUUCAAGGCGCUCAUUUGGACUGGCCCGCUGGAGUCGCAUUCUAUGGAGCACUAGAAACGGAGGUCCUGUUUCGCAACUCACCUCGUGUGCCGCAGAGCCCCUCCAGCGUCGGCUCGCCCUUGCUGCUACAGCUCCAGCGGCCCUUCCCAAAGCAUGCAAGGCCCGCGGAUUCAGAUCACCUACAUUAUACACACAGGGCUGAGUCUGCAGCGUUGGCGCCUUUACCUACAGAUUCGCUGGCUCCGACGACAAUCUCAUCAUCCAGAUCAUCCACCACGACACGUGAGCCCAUCGAAGACUAUGAGGGCAUUCAGGCUGAUCAAGUCGAUCGGUAUGGGUUCUUUGCCGAUGCGAAUUCCGCGCGGAGACGACUGUCCAGCGCAUCGAUGAUGGAAUUGCACAAAAAGUCCUCGCAACACAAGCUCUCACGAAAGAGCAGCCUUUGGAAGAGGCCUUCGCUCUUGCCCAUCCGUACACCACGAACAGGCCUUGCUCCUGAAAGCCAGAUGUCACAAGCUGUCAACAAGGUUUCUGCGAUCAAGGAAGCUGAACGUGCCGAAAAGUGGCGACGCAUGGCAACAAGACGUGCAAAUACAGCCGAUUUCGACUUCAAGCAGACGAGCAAGCUGGUUGAGCGUACAUUCAAGGGUAUUCCAGACAGCUGGCGUGCGCAAGUUUGGUCUUCACUGCUUCGCGAGAGCGCUGCAGGUGCUCCAGCAGAAAGUCGCCUGGAUGAGCAAGCGUUGCUAGACCGCUACCAACAUCUUUUGGAUAAGUCAUGCGAGAGCGACUCGCAAAUUUCACUCGAUGUUCCUCGCACUAUUUCCGGACACGUUCUCUUUCGCAAUCGCAAUGCCGGCGGACAGCGAUUCCUAUUUAAUAUCUUGCAUGCACUCACGCUGCAAUUCCCUGAAAGCGGCUACGUACAAGGCAUGCCUAGCAUAGCAGCGACUUUACUGUGCUUCUACGCAGAGGAAAGGGCCUUUGCUGUGAUGUGCUGGCUUUGGACAGAACGUCGAAUGCAGGAUCUGUAUAAGCCAGGCUUUUCACUCAUGCUCGACGCUUUUCAGACGCUAGAGGAGCGUAUGCGUGGACUACCUGCGGGUAGACAUCUCAUUCAGCUUGGCAUUCUGCCAAUAACCUUUGCAACGCGCUGGUACUUGACGCUGUUUCACAUCACACUUCCCUUUCGCACCCAACUUCGAGUCUGGGACGUGUUCAUUCUACAACCCAAGGACAGCUCCUUGCAAGUGCUAGAGGCGGUCACGUUGGCCUUACUCGACACGCUGGAAAAGAUGAUUCUGCUCUGCGAUUUUGAUACAGCAAUGCGGGUGUUGACCCUGCCACUUCCCAUCACCGACGACGAGGUCCUCCUCAAACAUAUUCGAAAGCGACUGCGCUGAUUGUAAUUCCAUCUGCAUACAUAGCUAAUUUAUCUCUACAGGAUUGCCAUAAUGUUUGGCGGUGUCGCCACUCCGCCAGGGACAUUGAGGGGAGAGCUGCUCACAAAGAAGGACCAUCGACCUUCUUGCUUGCAUAGCUCACUGAGCCGUUCAAGGUAAAACAUUUCGCCAAUGGGCAUACCCCAUCCAGCAAGGAAGACUUCAUGCAACAACUUACCAAAAGCAGACAAAUCACCGGGCCAAGACUCAAAAGCAGGUGCAUCCCCGGCAACAGCAGCAAACUUGUUAUUGUAGACCCAUUCUGCAAACUUGAUGUCUUGCUUAAUACCAGCAAAUUGUGGCGGGAUCUGCUUGGACUUGGCAAGAAUUUCGUCAUC